UUCUGACAUCCCUGUUUACGGAAAACUGCAUUUCGAGCCAAUGCCGCCUGAGGUGCUGGGUGACGGAGGCAUGCCUCUGGGAUUGUUCAAGGGGCUCGAGAUGUGUCAACCCAUAAUCAGCUUGCAUGAUGAUGAUGAUGGCACUGUUUACUUCAUGGUCAAGAAGAACCGCAUGGAUAACAAGGCUUGGGUGAUUGCUGUGGACAUGCAGAACAACACAUUACAAGGGGUGGCUGAGUUUGCUGCAGGAAGAACUUUUGGCAUGAGUAUCACCUUUAUGCACAGCAUGAUAUCCAGACAUCUGACAACAGCUCCAGAAGCGAAGGGAAACCUGAAACGACCAGGGACAGUGUUGCUGGGAUCAUCUAACAAGAUGCCUCGUGGGUUCUGGAUGUCAAUGCCACCCCGGGACGAUGAUCAAGAACAACACGAUGCUGAAACGCAAGGAAAUGAGGAUAUGAUUUUGGACGGAGGCUAGUGUGCAGAAUGAAAUAGUUAUAAGGGUUUGUUUAUUGGAUAAAGUCUAUUUAUGCCAUCCAACUAUGGCCCGAGUUUGAUUUUAGCCAUGCAACUCCAAAACCGGAUAUCCUUAACCAUCCAAAUAUCAAAACCGUUCACAUUUGGCCAUCCAGUGAUUUUGCUAAGUAGUUUUGGUGAUGUGGUUGACACGUGACAGUGGGGCCCACAUGUCUGCUCAUUUUCCUCUCUUCUCACUCCGUUUCUUCUCUCCCUCCCCUGUCUCUCUUUCCCGCAACCGCUGUCGGACCAACUUGGCCCCGACCUGCU